AUGGGAUCUACAGGACUAUGUUUUUAUGGACACUGUAUUGUAAUGUUCCUUUUUCAGAUGAUUACAUCAAGCUCAGAACGAUUCACAGUGACUGGCCUGGAGGGGCCAGUCUUGGCUCCAUUGGGUGGAAACCUUGAACUCAGUUGUCAGUUGUCCCCACCACAACAAGCACAGCACAUGGAGAUCCGCUGGUUCCGGAACCUGUAUACAGAGCCUGUGCACCUGUACAGAGAUGGUAAAGACGUGUUUGGAAAAAUUAUCUCCAAGUACGUGGAGCGGACAGAACUCCUGAGAGAUCUGAUUGGUGAAGGCAAAGUGACCCUCAGGAUCUUUAAUGUGACUAUUGAUGAUGACGGAUCUUACCACUGUGUCUUCAAAGCUGGUGAUUUCUAUGAAGAGCACAUCACAGAGGUCAAGGUCACAGCCGUAAACUUACAAGUGCAGAUUCACGCGCACCCUCCAACUACCAAAGGUGUGAUAGUGGAGUGUCAGUCUGGAGGUUGGUUCCCAAGGCCGCUCGUGGAGUGGAGAGACAGCAGAGGAGCCGUCAUUCCAGCUGCAUCAAAAUCCCAGUCACAGGAUAGAGACAGACUCUUCAACACGAAGAUAUCCCUUCUCAUUAGAGAUGGCUCCUUUCAGAAAGUCACUUGCUGCCUUCAGAACCCUCUCACAGGCCAAGAGGAAAGGACAAGUGUUAUCCUAUCAGAUAAAUUUUUUUCAUGGAAUAAGAUUUGGAAAAUGAUUCUAGGCAUAAUACUACUUGUGAUGGUGUUCUCCAUUUUGGUUUCCAGUUGUCUGCUACAUCAAAGACAUAACUAUGAUUUCAGGAAGUGGGAUGCUCCUUGGGUGAUAGGAAUAUUAAUAAUGACAUCUUCAGUGGUGAUUGUCAUAUCAAGCAUGGUGUAUUUACAUAUGAAACAAAGAGUUCCUGUUUCAGAUAUACAUUUUGAAUUGGAUACUUUGUGGUUGGAAGACAUAAGUGUAAUCUUGUGUGCGCUGAUGGUUUCUGCCACCAUGCUCAUUUCCUAUAUGUACUUCAGAUUGAGAGAUUGGUCCCAGCAUAAUCAUCAUCAGAAAGGCCUCACCCAGACACUGAUGGAUACAGAUGCAGAGACCCACAAUCAGACAUUAAGCAGAGUCAGAGAAUCCCGUGGAAGGGAGAGAAAAGAUUAUAGGAACCAGAGAAGUCAAGGACACCACGAGGAGACCUACGGAAUCAAUGAACCUGGGCUCACAUGGGCUCACAGAGACUGA